AUGCAAACAACGUCUCCUGUAUUUUCAUCAACAUUAAAAAGUGUAAAUACAAAUCAAAAGAAAUCUGUCUCAUUAACAACUGCUGAUGUAUGCAAUGAUAAUAAAAAUAGUGAUGAAUUAAAGAUAACAUGUACAGAAUCAAAAUUAAAAACAACACCGUCCGAUUUUCCAGAAGAUCAAACAAGUAAAGAUUAUUAUUUUGAUUCAUAUGCUCAUUUUGGUAUUCAUGAAGAAAUGUUAAAAGAUGAGGUCAGAACACUGACGUAUCGAAAUGCCAUGAUAUACAACAAACAUUUAUUUAAAGAUAAAAUUGUUCUUGAUUUGGGAUGUGGAACAGGAAUUUUAUCAAUGUUUGCUGCAAAAGCUGGUGCACGUAAAGUUAUUGGCAUAGAUAUGAGUAGCAUUGUUGGCUAUGCGCAAAAAAUAAUCGAUGAUAAUAAAUUAUCCGAUAAAAUAACGUUAAUUCGUGGAAAAAUUGAAGAUGUUGAAUUACCGGAUGGUAUUCAAGAAGUGGAUAUUAUUGUAUCAGAAUGGAUGGGGUAUUGUUUAUUAUAUGAAUCGAUGCUCAAUUCAAUAUUGUUUGCUCGAGAUAAAUGGUUAAAUAAAACAACUGGUCUUCUAUUUCCUGAUAAAUGUGCAUUAUAUCUAUGCGGUAUCGAAGAUAAAAAUUAUCGUGAUGAAAAAAUCAACUGGUGGUAUAAUGUUUAUGGUUUUGAUAUGAGUUAUAUACGUAAAAUAGCCAUCAAAGAGCCGUUAGUUGAUAGUGUUGAUUCUCGACAAGUGGUAACAUCACAUUGUUUGUUAAAAGAAUUUGACCUGAAUACGGUUACUGUUAAGGAUUUAUCAUUUGCAACAAAAUUUCAAUUAGAAGCAAAACGUAAUGAUUUUGUUCAUGCUGUUGUCAGUUACUUUACAGUUGAAUUUAGUAAAUGUCACAAGUAUACUGGAUUUUCAACGAGUCCCGAAUGUCCAUAUACACAUUGGAAACAAGUUUUGUUUUAUUUUGAUGAAGAUAUAAUGAUGCAUAAAGGAGAAAAACUUAAUGGUUCAUUUGCAUUACAACCAAAUCCAAAAAAUGAUCGUGAUCUCGAUUUUGAAAUUGAUUUUCAUUUUAAAGCUGUAAAAUAUUCAAAUUUACAGUUUAAACCUAACCAACAACGAUUUGUAUCACGUGAUACAAUAAGUCCCAAACCAUUAGCACCAAACAAGGAUAAAGCUGCUGAUUUUGACAAUUACUUUCAAGAUGAAAUUGAAAUACGUUUCAUAGGUGGUCGAGGAGGAGAUGGUAUGUCUUCAUUUUCAAGAGGUUUUCAAAAUGAAUUCGGUGGUCCAAAUGGUGGUGAUGGUGGAAAUGGUGCACAUAUUAUAUUACAAGAACUUACAUCAUUAAACCAUCUUCAAAAUAUGUAUAUUGCAGAUAAUGGUGAGCCUGGCAUGUCAUCAUUUAUGAAAGGAAGGUCAGCUGAACAUCUAGUUAUAGAAAUUCCUGUUGGCACAUUAGUUAAGACUGCAAAUGGUGAUAUUGUUGCUGAGUUAUCAAGACAUGAACAAAAGUUUGUUGUAGCUCGUGGUGGCUUAGGUGGUAAAGGCAAUGCUUAUUUUCUUUCAAAUAUGAAUCGUGCUCCAAGCGAAUAUGAACUUGGUGCCAAUGGUGAUAAGAAAAAAUAUAUUCUUGAACUACAAUUAAUUGCACAUUUUGGUCUUCUUGGUUUCCCAAAUGCUGGCAAAAGUAGUAUAUUACGUGCAAUAUCUCGUGCAAGACCGAUCGUCGGUGACUAUGAAUUCACUACACUUUAUCCGCAAGUGGGCACAGUUAUUUAUGAUGAUUUUGUUCAAAUAUAUGUUGCUGAUAUUCCUGGCAUUAUUCAAGGUGCUAGUAAACAGCAGCAGGGUUUGGGUACAAAAUUCUUACGUCAUAUUGAACGUUGUUUGGGCUUAUUGUAUGUGAUUGAUAUGAGCAUUGAGAGGCCAUGGGAACAAUUUGAUUUGUUAAGUCAUGAAAUACGAGAACAUAACGAAACAUUAUCACGUAAGCCCAUAACGGUUAUUGCUAAUAAAAUCGAUGAUGAAGAUGGUAAAAGACAAUUAGAAGAAACUAGAAAACGUAUACCUCAUCCACUGUUACCUAUAUCAACGACGAAGAUGAUCAAUAUCGAUAAAUUUCUAGUUUAUUUAAGAAAAUUACAUGAUGAAUUAGUGACAGAUGACUGGAGAGCUAAAUUUUUGGAUACUUGA